CUUAAAUUGUGCUAAGGAUAGCUGGGGAAGGGCUCCAAAGCUGGGGAGACUCACAAAGCCUGGGUCUGGAAGCACUGGAGUGCAGAGUGCUGAUAGCAGUGUGCUCCCUAGUGCAAGUUUCUUCUUGGCACUGACACAGGCAAGUCUCCAGCUCAGACACAGAUGUUCCUCCAGCAGCUCUGAAGUACCACUGCUCGCCGGAUACAAUGUCAUACCCAGGGGUUCAUGGUCCACCUCAGCUUUCUAAGAGGACUCGCUACUGAUGAAAUCAAAUGCUUAGAGAAGCAUGAGCUGCGGGGCUUUGUCUAAUAUUUUGUCUCGGAGUGGCUGGUAAAUCCCCACAGCUCAGUACAGCACUGCUUUACACUGCUGCAACUUUCUUCAAAGCAAACUCUUGGUAAAAUCCUCUAAUUUUCCUCUGAUUGUGAACCAGUGUGAAGACUGGAAUGAUUUGCCUGUUGGAAGAAUGUUGACUCUCGAGUGGGAGUCGGAGGGACUGCAAACAGUGGGUAUUGUUGUGAUUAUAUUUGCAUCUCUGAAGCUGCUUCAUUUGCUGGGACUGAUUGAUUUUUCAGAAGGUUUCCUCUACGCUCAGAACAGUGCCAAACGCAGUAUUAAAGAGCGACUUAUGAAGCUCUUGCCCUGCUCGGCUGCCAAAACGACCUCUCCUGUUACUCAAAACACUGUAGAAGAUGAAAUGGAAAUGGCCACAGUACGACAUAGACCUGAAGCUCUUGAACUUCUGGAAGCACAGAGUAAAUUCACAAAGAAGGAACUUCAGAUCUUAUAUAGAGGUUUCAAGAAUGAAUGCCCCAGUGGUGUUGUGAAUGAAGAAACCUUCAAAGAGAUUUACUCUCAGUUCUUUCCACAGGGAGAUUCCACAACUUAUGCACAUUUUCUGUUUAAUGCAUUUGACACUGAUCACAAUGGAUCUGUAAGUUUUGAGGAUUUUGUUAUGGGUCUCUCAAUUUUACUCCGAGGGACAGUACAAGAGAAACUGAAGUGGGCUUUCAAUUUGUAUGAUAUAAAUAAGGAUGGAUAUAUAACUAAAGAGGAAAUGCUUGAUAUCAUGAAAGCAAUAUAUGAUAUGAUGGGAAAAUGCACCUAUCCUGUUCUCAAGGAAGAUGCACCUAGACAACACGUGGAAACGUUUUUCCAGAAAAUGGACAAAAACAAAGAUGGAGUAGUUACCAUAGAUGAAUUCAUAGAGAGCUGCCAGAAAGAUGAGAACAUAAUGCGAUCCAUGCAGCUCUUUGAAAAUGUGAUUUAAUGAAGACAGUAGGUCUACAAUUAAUGGACAAAUAUGAGUUAUUCUGCAACAUUAUCUAAAAGAUGGAUUUCCACUUUAUCAUAAAUAAAAUUACUCAGCUUUACACUGAGACAUGUAUUAUGCAAAUAAUUUUUUAUUAUAAACUUCUCCCCAAAAAAUAUUUUUAAAUUAUACAAUUUAGCACUUCAGCAGUGGCUAGUUAGUUAAUAAGACUGCUCUUCAAAGUCAUGUUUUCACUCCAAACCCAAACAAAACAAGACCUUACAUUAUUAAAUUCCAACACAUUGAUAAAAUAGAUACUAUAACAAGGAGAUUAACUAAAUAUUCUAAGUUUUGCUACUCAUUUGUAUUGGAUUAAGCUCCAGAUGUCUGAGUGUAUUUCUCAAAUAAUAGCUUCUAAUUUAUACAGAGGUAUUACCAUGUUUGGUUUUUUUCCAAAUUUGUAUGGCGUAGUCCUCAUUUUUUGAAUAAUACUUUGAGUUAAAGUGCUGUACUCAAUGUGCAAUGCACAUCAUGCUGCUGUUGCCUUCCACCUUUGACUUGCUUUUCUAUUAAAAAAAACCUCCAAACCUAACAAAAUAGGUAACUUGAAAAGAAGAAUUGCUGUAGAACAAAAAAGACAUUGCUUAUAGGUAGAUAUACUCCUUAACAAAUAUGAGUAAGCUUCUAUCAAUCACACUUACCUAAUGAAUCUGCAUUUAUCAUGAGAGGAGUCCUACAUACUGUAUUUCUAAUUCUUCUUCAACGUGUCUGCAAAGUUCUUUGCUUAAAAUUAAGGAUCUUCCAACUUAAAUUUUUCAUGAAGAAACCCAAAACUGUUUCCAUGAGUAUGUGUCUUUCUGCCUUUAAUGAAGAAAAGGCAUGAACUUUGGAAUCUUUCAUCCUGCCUCAGUGCUCAGAAUGAAUAUUACUAUGUAGUAUCAUAUAUUAAUAAUGACUGACUGCUAGACAGGCUAACAUCUGUAUCAACUUUCUGCAAUAUCUUCAGUUAUGAGACAGAAUGAAAAGAAAAUGGGAAACUUCAGCUAUACAAUAUCAUCUAUGUGUACUAAAUGCAUUACUUUUUUUAGGAUCACAUCUUCAUUAAGAUUGGAGCUACAUUAAUUCUGAACCUGGAAAGACUUUUCUAUAAAAAUAUGUACCUAAAUAUAAUACUGCCCCCCUAUCCCUGUAAUUUUUAAGAUAUACAGUCCACAGAGGUUUCUUCAAAAGAGGUGAAAUGCUAUCAGAUAUAGGCCAAUCUUCAUUGUGACAUUGCUGCAGAAAAUGUGAAAGGGGAUUAAUGAAAUAGAAAGAAUGUUGCAAGUGCAUUCUUUGGAAAAAUAAAUCAGGUAUCUAUUCUGGUGUAGAGAUGGGAUGUUAGAGGCAUGUUGAAGGCUGCUCUGCUAUCACCAGUGUAGGAUAAGAGUAGUACAAUACAUGUACACCUGAAAUCUGCUGUAGUGUGCUUGUGUAAACUAAGUGUGCACAUUUUGUUAAAAAAAAAAUAAAAUAAACAUGAAGAAAAA